UUUUUUUUUUUUUCUUUUCCUGCUUCCAAACGCCUUCUUCGAGUCUGAAGCUGGGCAGGUCUCCAAAGGUGCAGCAGCCACAACAAUCCAGCAGUUCAAAGUUAGGCAGCAGUUGCACAACUUCUAGCAACUCUCUUAGCCGGCUGCUAAUGAGCUGAAAGCCAGGGACAUUUGAGGAGGUGAAGAGGAAACUUUCAAUCCUCUUCCCUUCACGGAGAAAUCUGGAUACCCACCCCUCCACCCCCAUCUCCAGAUAACUUUGAGAUAAGACCCUUUCUCUUUGGGGGCCUGGUGGACCAUGGCUCCCUUUGGAAGGAACUUGCUAAAGACUCGGCAUAAAAACAGAUCUCCCACUAAGGACAUGGAUUCAGAAGAGAAGGAAAUUGUGGUUUGGGUUUGCCAAGAAGAGAAGAUUGUCUGUGGGUUGACUAAACGCACCACCGCUGCUGAUGUCAUCCAGGCUUUGCUUGAGGAACACGAGGCUACAUUUGGAGAGAAACGAUUUCUACUGGGGAAGCCCAGUGAUUACUGCAUCAUAGAAAAGUGGAGGGGUUCAGAGCGGGCUCUUCCUCCACUAACUAGAAUCCUGAAGCUUUGGAAAGCCUGGGGAGAUGAGCAGCCCAAUAUGCAAUUUGUCUUGGUUAAAGCCGAUGCUUUUCUGCCAGUUCCAUUGUGGAGGACAGCGGAAGCCAAAUUAGUGCAAAACACGGAAAAAGUAUGGGAACUCAGUCCAGCAAAUUACCUGAAGACAUUACCACCAGAUAAGCAAAAAAGAAUAGUCAGAAAAACUUUCCGGAAACUAGCUAAAAUUAAGCAGGACACAGUUUCCCAUGACCGAGAUAGUAUGGAGACCCUAGUUCAUCUGAUUAUUUCCCAGGACCACACCAUUCAUCAGCAAGUCAAGAGAAUGAAAGAGCUGGAUCUGGAAAUUGAGAAGUGUGAAGCUAAGUUCCACCUGGAUAGGGUAGAAAAUGAUGGAGAAAAUUAUGUCCAGGAUGCAUAUUUAAUGCCCAGUUUCAGUGAAAUUGAGCAGAAGCUGGACUUGCCUUCCGAUGAAAACCAGAGUCUGGACGACCUGACUGAAAGUGAUGGAAUUGUACACCUGGAGGAGAGAUUAGCGUAUUACAGAAUGCUCAUUGAUAAGCUCUCUGCUGAAAUAGAAAAAGAGGUAAAAAGUGUUUGCACAGAGAUAAAUGAAGAUGCAGAAGGGGCCACUGCAAGUGAGCUUGAAAGCUCUAAUUUAGAAAAUGUUAAGUGUGAUUUGGAGAAAAGCAUGAAAGCUGGUUUGAAAAUUCACUCUCACUUGAGUGGCGUCCAGAAAGAGAUUAAAUACACUGACUCAUUGCUUCAGAUGAAAGCAAAAGAGUAUGAAUUCCUGGCCAAGGAGCUCAAUUCACUGCAUAUUAGCAACAAAGAUGGAUGCCAACUAAAGGAAAACAGAGGGAAGGAAUCUGAGGGCCCCAGCAGCAGUGGGGAGGUUCCUUCCUUGACUCAAAGAGUAUUUAACUUGUAUACAAAUGACACAGACUCGGACACUGGUAUCAGCUCUAACCACAGUCAGGACUCGGAAAUAACUGGAGGGGACGUGGUGCUAUUGUCAACAUAAUUUGAAUGGCUUGUUUCUGACCUACUUUAACGUUCAUGUUUGUUUAAUAGGGAAGUUUAUUUUAAAUAUCACAUUCUGAAAAAUGAUGUAAAUCAUGUUGAGUAUCCAGUAGUUAGUAAAAACGAGAGAAAGUUUAUUUUUGAUUUAAAAGUUCCAAAGUCACCUAAUUAUUACAAGUUCAGACGAGGAGAUGUUUAUUAGGAAUGCAACACAAAUAGCUUGCAGGUUUCUAACAGAAAUGAUUUGAUGGGAAUUAUCAUCCCUUAGAGCUUCUGUGAGAAAUGAUUUAUACAAAGUAAUUCUUAAUAUUGCAGUCAGUGUAUUGAAACUAGACACAUGAACAAGUAAAAUUAAAAAUGUGCUGUGAUAUAUUUCUUCAAAGCUAUAUCACUGGAAUUUUUAAGUCUGUAAUGUACAUGACAAUUAUACUACUAUAACUGGUAAUUCAGGUCUUGGUUCUUCUCGUUGAUACUUAGAAUGUACAUCAUCUCUGCGACUUUCUGAACCCCUCUGCUUGUUUAGACCCAGACAACAGAAAGCGGGAAGGGCUCCCAGUGGGACAUGUGCAAAUACCAGCAGUGGAUUGGGUGGGGGUAUAGAUAAGAAAGGGCCAAGUGCUACAUACAACAGCAAUUUUUCUAACAAUGGCUAAAGUUAUUAAGACUUAUGCCUGGGCUUUCUCUGACAAAGCAAAUCUUCUGAUCAAACAAAUGGUCACUGUAGGUUUGUUUUUUGAGUGAGGUAUGAUGUGGGCUACAGAGAAAAUCACAGGGUCACAUUCCUGUUUACACCCUGUUCACAAAACAGCCUCCUAUAAAGGCAACUUGGUGUCCUUUGUGUGGGUAAAAUAGAGUUCUGUAUACCCUAAGUAUUAGCAUUUUGCCUUUUAACCUACAGAGAGGAACUCACAUGGACAAAAACCUUUUAUUCUUUUACACUGGAAUUCAGAUUGUCCCUGUAGAACUUCAUCUAAGGUGCAAACUAAAAAAAAAAAAAAAA